UUCAAUGGAGUGGGCGUGGUCUGUGGUGCCCAAUGGGAGGGCGCGGUCUGGAAUUCAAACUGACAGGUGGGAGCGUGGCCGUUGGCACCGGAACGGGACCGGGACCGGGACCGGGACAGGGACAGGAUCAGGAUCAGGACCGGGACAGGGACCGGACCGGACCGGGACAGGGUCCCAGCCGCCAUGUCCUCCAGCGGCUGCACCUUCGCGGACCGGUGCGUGAGCGUGCUGUGCUGCCGGUUCUGCCGGCAGGUGCUGAGCUGGCGGGGGAUGCAGGCGGUGCUGCUCGCCGACACCAACACCGACACCGACCUCUAUUCCACCGACAUGCCGCCCUCGGGAACCGUGGAUUUCAUCGGGAGCUGCUACUUCACUGAGAUCUGCCAGUGCAAACUGAAGAACAUCGCCUGCCUGAAGUGGUGAGCUCAGCCACCCCCCACGGGUGUCCCUGAGGUGUCCCCUCCUCUGUCACCUCCUGCAAGGAACAGCUUGCCUUCCC